CCUUCAUUCACUCACGACUCUAUCUUUUACCAGUUGCGUUAUUCCGCAUUAUCAGUUCUGUUUUUUAUGGUAUAAUAUUCUUCAUCUACACUUUCAUAGUGUGCACUUUCUCGCAACAUACCCCAUCUCAGUCGUGACAUUUCUCGCGGCGUAAACAACAUGUGCGAUAACGCCGGACCAUCUGCUUUGCUACACCCGCAAAUAUGCUCAAUCCAAAAAGAAUCCAAAACCGAAGACCGCUUCCGCUUCACUCCCGUCAAAUGCGCCAACAGCCUCCCUCGCCUCUGGGACCGCAAACCCUCCACCUCCUUCCUGAGCCAACAAUCUCGCCCGCGCAAAGUCUGGAAGCGCUUCCGCACGUCUUUCAAUAGCAUGAAGUCGCUUCAGCAGAUUAUUGCGGAUAGGGCUCUCGAGGAGACUGAAUUGGAUACGGAGAUCAAUGCAUCGAGGGGUGCAGGCUUGCUGAGGGGUGUGAAGCGGAGGUGCUUGGACAUUGAGAUUGGGGAGAAGGAAGAAAGGGGACGAUCAUUUUUGGAGACCAGAUGGGAGGGUGAGGUUCGGAGGAGACGCAAACUGCCUACGCCAUACACCCCUCCAAUGGUGGAUGAAUCGCAGCCCGAAAGUGACUGCGAGACUGGGCAGGAAUAUUCCACGUCAGAAAUCGAAGCGGACUUGACGCAGGAUUCCAUCGAGACGGACGAAUCCGUGGACAUUGAACCAAAUUCUCCGAUUACUUUUGAUCAGAAUACAACCUAUCCUGAAAUGCUACAUGGCACGUCGAGUUGUCAAGAAGCUGAAAGCGAAGAAAUUGACAUUGACGUGCAACCCCGCGAUGAUCAGUCAACCCUGAACAUCGCCAGCAAAGAAGUUAGCGAUAAAGUCAGCGAAACUACGAUGGACAAUCAGCCUAAGCCAGAAAAAGAGACUGCGCCCGCCCAGGAAAUCACAAGCGCCCAACAAGAAUCGACUCUUGUACGGUCGGCACUCCGAAGCUCGCUGGAUGGGGAGGAUGCUGAAUUGCUCAACAACUUCCUAUCAAAGGCAAGAGCGAAACGUGCUGCCAAAGUAGCGAUGGCCGAAGAGAACGUCGAGGAAGAGAAAGUUACCAAGGAGGAAGAGGUCCCCGACAUGCCAACGCCGCGAUCCCGUCGGGCUUUGGAAGAACUCGACACCAAUUCCCCAAGCCCAUCCCCGCAGAAAGUCCGCCUGCCGUCGCCCAAAAAGCCUGAGAACCCCCCCGCAAGCCCAAUUCGCAAGGAGAUUGUCUAUAACGAUAAGGAACACACCGGCGAUGAGAAACAGCAAUCGAGUCCGGUCACCCGUCGGAGUACGAGAGUUCGUGUGCCACCGCGAACAACUACCUCUGCCAUUCGCAACACUCUGUCGCUCCGUCGUGCUAAGGGAAACGAGUUCGUCUUUCUUCAGCGGUCAGAGGCCCAGGAACUUGCUCUAGUGACACGCAAAAACACGCGACAAAACAAGGGAAGCGCGGUGUUUCCGAAAUAUGUACUCCAGGAUCUGGCUCAAAAGUCAUCAAAAAAAGGGUCCCCCAACCCUACGCCCAGUGCCAAUAAGAAAGGAAAUCGGGUGUGUUGGAACAACGCACAUUUGGUGGAAUUUGAAGACGGCGAAGAGCCACAACCUGCUCCUACCGAGCACGAAUCCAGUCAUGAGCCUUCCAAUGUCGAUAGCGUACAGCCGACCAAGAAGAGUAACGAGAAGCGCAAGAUGACUGGCAGUAGCGGUGGUCGUACUCGAUCGCAGCGUGCGCAGAAGGAUAAUGAAACCACACCUUUUACAAGAACUGUGGCUCCACCAAAGACUACCACAACACCACCUGCAGGACGUGUACGAAAACUGGGAGGCAGCUCUGCCACACCUACGAAGCCCAAAUCUGCGCCGUCGCCAGCUUCAUCAUCCAAUAUAACCACUGACACACCCGCCGGGAAGCGCAAGAAGUUGACUCCCAGAUCGCUCAGCUCCGCCAUGACAUCGCCAACCAAGAAUACAGGCACCAUUACCACGACACCUGCCAGUAAAGUACCGAAGCCGACUAGUGGGACAUCGACAUCCGCAACGAAGAGCAAGAAUAUCUUCAAGGUGAAUGCUGGGUCAACGCCGAUGCCUAAGCGGGUCCGGGCUCGGGCUUAGUCGCACGGUUUAACGUCUGUUUUGUUUAUCGCCUUGUACAUAUUGAAGUUAUUAUUGUGUUUAAUCGUUGUACAUAGGUGGUUUUGUGUUUUGUACAUAUUUGAUGGGAACAAGAGUAUUUAUGUCUGAGUACUGUUAUAUGCUAGGAAUUUGUCUGAGUGCAGCUGUUGCUUGUUUCAAUUGACUUCCUAUUGAUCUUGAUAAGUCUAUCCAGACAAGACGUCGACUGAAUCUGUUCACGC